UUCGAUUUUCCCGAACGUACGCUUUACUGUUUUCUUCCGGGCUGCUUUGAACCUACCCAGCUGCCGUAGGCAGUGGGUCGAAAGUGCCGUUCAAAAUGGAAGUGAAUCCCCCCAAACAGGAACACCUGCUGGCCCUGAAAGGUCCUGAUUCCCUCUGAUUUGGAAAGAAAGUCUUGUAAUUAUAAAUUACAUUCUAGCGCUGAGGAGCACAUCUAAGAAAUUUUCUCUUCAUUAAGAGUGACUGGAUUACUGCAGAAUGACUACAGAAGUAAUAUUACAUUAUCGACCAUAUGAGAAUGAUCCCACACAACUGUCAAAAAUUGCAGAGAAAGCACUUCAAGACUUUCCUACACGUCCACUAUCAAGAUUUAUUCCUUGGUUUUCUCAUGAUGGGUCCAAACUUCCACUCAAACCUAAAAGAUCACCACCUGUGAUUUCUGAAGAGGCAGCUGAAGAUGUGAAACUGUACUUAACCAUUUCAGAACAUGAUGUUAAAUCACAGAGUUACGAUUGCACAAUAGAUCUUUUGGAAUUUCAACCUAAUUUAAAAAAAAAAAAGCACUUAAUCCAGUCACACACACUGAAUGAACAGACUAAUUCUGGAAAUCUAGAUAAGCAAUCAGAAAAGGGAAGACAGCAUAAGAAGAGGUUUUGGAGUGUUUCACUUCCCAACAGUAAUUGCACUGAAAAUAUUUUUCCUUUGUCUAAAAAAUUGCAAGAUAGUUUAAAGGCACUGAAUUUGCAUUCACUUUAUAGGGCAAGAUGGACUAUAGAGCACACUAUUUGUAACAACCAAACUUUGGAAGACAUUUGGGCAAAACUCAAUCAAAUUAUCAGGCACAAUGAACUUCCAUCUUGUAAUGCUACCAUUCAGAGACACUUAGACCAAAUAUGGGUGUUCUGUGAUAUUAUGUACUGUGAAUAUGUGGGAAAUCUUCUUAAAGGUAGAUUAGCUCUUACUGGGAAAAUGAAUUUAUGUGUACGUAAAUAUGGUGUUAUUUUUAGUAUGUAAUGAAUUCCACUGAUUGUGAAAGAGAAGAAUAUCCUGAAUGAACUGUGAUCUGAAAUCAAUAAAUUUUUUAUGAGUUUUUAAAUUUUA